AUGCAAACAAUGCUGUGCAGCCUGUUCCUGAUGGUAGUCGUCGCCGUGGCCCACGCCGGAUACGGACAUGGCGGCUACGGUGGUCACGGAGGCUACAGCCACGCCGUUACCCACCACUACGACAACCAGAGGGCGCACUACGGCCACGGAGGAUACGGCGGCUACGGAGGAUACGGCGGCUACGGGGGAUACGGAGGAUAUGGUGGAUAUGGCGGUGGCUACGCUGGUGGCUACGGUGGAUACGGUGGUGGUUACGGUGGCCACGGUGGUUUCUUUGGAUGA